AGUCACAUUAUCAUUGUUGAGUGCGAACAAAAGCUCAACUAAAACAGCCCAGCUUAGCUUUGACCUAACAGCCAGAGCAGUUUAGAUCGGUAAUCUUCACAUUUUAUUCACAAUUAGAAGCGCAACGACUGCAGACGCGAACUGUUAACAACGGUCACGUAAGGGGAAAAAUACAAAAAUUAAUUUAUAAAAAAAAAAACAAAAAUAAAAUGUUGAAACUGAAACAUUUAUUGCUUAUAAGUGUGGCUUCUUUAGCUUACGCUGAGGAUUCGGAUAUAACAAAAUUUAUGAAACAUUUAGAAGUUAUACCAGACCUGAUUGCCGAAGGACCAAAGGACUUUUUAAAGGUUAUUUUCGACAGCGGCGUUAUGGCCGAUAAAGGUGUUGAGCUCAAGCCGAGGCAAGUGAAGAAUCAACCGAAAGUAGAAUGGAAACCAGAUUCAGCUGAUAGCUACUAUACGCUCAUCAUGACCGAUCCAGAUGCACCGAGUCGUGCUAAACCCGAAUGGCGUGAAUGGCAUCAUUGGUUGGUAGUCAAUAUACCAGGUAAUGCUGUGGAUAAAGGUGAAGUGCUUUCGGCUUAUGUUGGCUCUGGCGCUCCAAAGGAUACCGGCCUACAUCGUUAUGUAUUCUUACUGUAUAAACAACCGAAGAAAUUGGAGUUUACCGAGGCUCAUCUCACGAAUACUAGCCCAAAGGGUCGUGAGAAAUUUUCCACUAAAAAUUUCGUAGCGAAAUAUGGACUAGGCGUACCGGUUGCUGGUAAUUUCUUUCAAGCUCAAUACGACGAUUAUGUACCGGAAUUGUAUAAGCAGUUGGGAUUUUAGAGAUGCACUCGAGUGAUAAAUUUUGAUGAUAUAAAUGCGGCAACUUGUUAGCUUGUGUUUCUUCUUUUUUUUUCUAUGGUUUAUAGUGUUGGAACAAAGCACGUUAAGCAAGUUUUAUUAAUUAUAAUUUUUGUGCAAGCCUAGGUACAAAUUAGAUACAUACAUAUGGACAGCUGAGCAAGUAGACAUGCAUCAAGCACAUAUACACCUAAGUACAUACGAGUAUGUAUGUAUUAAACUGCACAUUCACAUCGAUUAACAGUUACCAAAGUGGUGCAUAAAUUAAUAUUUGAAUAUUUAUGAAAGUUUGUCAAGUUUGCUAUGAUGAAAGUGAAAAUAUACAUAUGUUUGAUUCCUACAUACAUA